CCAUCCGAGGCCGCGCCCUGGCUAUGGACACGACGCUCCUUGGACAACAGUAGACCUGCCAAUCGUCCUCUGCACCCCAACACCAUGGCCACAAAGUCAAACUUCAAGCGGGCAGUGCCCCAGACGCAGUCGUCCAUGCUGGCCUCGCUGCGCACCACGCACAUGGUCGACGACUCAAAGGCUGUCCUGCCUGCAGAGCUCAUCAAUGCCAUUCUCGAUUACCUGCCCGUCGCCGACAUGUUCAACUUUGCGCGCACCUCGAGACGCAUGCGCGAGAUGGUCUACGAUGACACGAGGUGGCAGCAACGCCUGCGGAGCAUGGGCUGCUGGGACGAAGCCGAAGCGAAGCGCAGGUUCGACGAGACGAUGCGCAAGAAGCUCGAGGCUCAGCGAGCAGAAGAGGCUCGCGCAGCUGGUGUGGCACUCAACCCCACCACCAGCGGCAUCCCCGCUGCCGACGACCACAUGGGCAAGACCAGCAUGACGCUGUUUGACGCCGCCGUCGAGGAGGACAUGUUGCGCAGUUCGCACGACCGCCAAGGCCACUCACGCUCGACGACGCUCGACAAGGGCUUCAACGACAUGACGCUGUCGGCUCCGGGCGCCCCAGCCCCAACCGCCCACGCGGUCGAUCCGCAGGCUGCUGUAAAGGUUUUGUCACAAGUGCGUUCAAUCCGGGGCAUGGCACGGCAAGAGUAUGGCAAGGUCUAUGGCGCACUGGCGCCCUUCUACUACGAUAUAGAGAGGUCAAGAAGCCAUACAGACCCUAUCCUCUUUCGGACGUACCGCGACCCGGAGCAGCAGGCCCAGAUGCUGUCCCAGCUCAAGGUGUUUGCAAAGAGCGAUUAUGCCCAAGGCUGGCAUCAGCGCGAGGAAAAGCUGGAUACAAUGACUGGCAUCUUUGAGAAUGCUGUGCUCCGCGAGUUCGAGCAGGGCUAUGCGGACAAAGACUUUGACGGCCGCAUGAAGAGGUUUGCAACCGUGCUGGUAACGCUGAAUGGCGGCGCAGCCUGUGUCGACUCCUUCAUCCACAAUCACCCGUUGAUGCUGGAAAAGGAGAGUCUCGGAGACCCGUCAGAGUGCCUGCAGAAUGACGGCGUUACGCUGCGGCCCUCGCAUAUGUUUUUCAAGAACCUGGCCGUUGCCCUCAACAAAGAAGCAGAGGUUAUUGAGCGAGUGUUUCCGCCGGCCAUUGACGUUUUACAGACCUUUUUAGAGCGUGUUGCAGACGACGUCAUUGGAGAGUACCUCACGACGCUUUUCGACGAAGCCCACGAUAUGAAUAUUGAAGCAUACCUGAAGGCGGUUGCUGGCGUGUUCGACCAAGCGCUGCAGCUUGCCGUGUCCUUGCACCCCACCAAAGCGUCCAAACCAGACUUCCGAGACGAGACAUUACGCAUUAUAAUCCGCUGCUUUGAGCCACACGUCGAUUUAUACCUGCAGGAGGAGCUGGACUUUUUUAAGCGCCGGUCGGCUGCCGAGGUGGACCUUUGGGAGAAGCGGCUGCAAGAGGAAGAACAGACGACAGAAACACGGUACAUGGCCAAUGUCAACCGCAAAGCCGUCAAACAGGAUUUUCUCUCGUCGUUCAAAAAGGUCGUCAUGAUGCCGGUCAAUGUGCUGCCCACCAUGGGCGGUUCGGGCACCAAUAAGUCUGUGGAAGCUGCAAUGGGGGCAAAUGCAGGCAGCAGGCCAACGUCGAGGAGCGGUACUCCAGUUCCGGGUGACCGGAAUUCGAUGCCACCACGCGUGGAGGCGCCGACAACAGAGCUUGCUGCCAAAGCAGCCAUUAUGAACUCGCGGCUCGAGGGAAUCCGAUCGCUUUUCAGCAUCGAGGUUGCUCUCAACCUGACCCACAUGGCCAAGGCUGGCCUUGAACGAGCUGCACGGUUCGUGCGGCUCGGCGGCCAAUCAGGCGAAGAGGCCAAAGAACAGUCGGAACAGAUCUUCAUCAAUCUGGUCCAGAUUCUCGGUAACCGUCACAUGAAACUAGGCUUUGACAAGGCUGUGAGUCACUUGGCUGACUACAAGCCAAGAGAGGUGGCAGACCACAGCCAAGAAGGGGUUGCUCCACUCGUGGCCUUUCUGGAACUUGUCAAUGUCGGAGACCUGAUACAGCAAAUGGUUGAAGUCUUCUACCUCCAAGAGCUGGUCGCGGCCAAUCUGACGGACCGCGAUGACUUUCUCAGUCUUGGGGCCAAGGAAAAGAAGCGAUUCGAGGCCAUGCUGGACGAACGCGUGGCCGCAGGCCUGAACAAGGGUAUUGACGUGCUGAUGGACGAGGUCGAGUACCUCUGUGGCACCACGCAGCACCCAUCUGACUUUAACCCUCCGGUGGGAGCCAAUGGGGUGGUGGAAAUGGCCGAUGUUGGGCCCAGCGAGACGGCCACCAAGAUUGUAGAAGUGGUGUCGUCGCACACCAACAUGCUUGUUGGUAGCACCGACAAGAACGUGCUGGACGUGUUCAACCAGGAAGUGGGAGUGCGCCUGUUCACUGCUCUAUGCAAGCACUUGAAGCGCCAGCGAAUCAGCGUCGACGGCGCCAUCAAGCUCAUCAGCGACAUGAAUGCUUACAAUGCGUAUAUUGUGUCUCUGCGCAACAAGCCGCUCAUGCAGUACUUUGCUGCGCUGCGCGAGCUCUCGCAGAUCUACCUGAUUGAUGCAAAGCAGGCCAAGGAAAUCGCCACCAUCAUUGCAGAUACAGAUCGGUACCACGGCAUCUUCCGCGCCGAGGAGGUGUAUGAAUUUGCCGAGAGGCGGGCAGACUGGUACCAGAUCAAGAGCGCCGUGGAGAAGCAAAUGUACGGCGUGGGCUGCUGGGUCAUGUGAGGGGCACGUCAGGGCGAAAGCGAGGCUGUCUUGGGGGCGUGCCAGCUCGUUGGAUACGUAGACACUGAUAGAUUACCGCUUUGGGACGAGCCCAGUGCAGGCGGGCGGGCGGGCGGCCGGUAGGGCACGUCAAGCAGCCGACGACAAUGAAUGACCAUGACAAU